GCAAGUGGAUGUGGGAUAAGUUCAGUUCCUUUAGACACAGUGGAAAUCCCGUCUAUAUUCCAUCCGAAGCCUGCGAACCCUCUGUACCAUCCACUUACGUGAAAUAUACAUCGAUCUGACAAACCCACCAUGGCCACUACCGCUCCACCGACGCCGAAGCUUGACCGUUAUGUGGUCAUCCACGUGGCGACGACUUGUGAUGAACAUGGCGUCUAUGUGACCAAAGACUCUGCCGAAGUGAUCGAAUUGGGUUGGAUUCUGCUGGACAGCAAAACCUGUGAUGAGAUCUACCGUGAGAGUGUCCUGGUCAAGCCAGUGAACACACCCAUCACACCGCUUUGCACCAGCCUCACCACUCUGACUUGGGAACAUGUUCGCAAUGCCGGUUCCUUCCGGGAUGCGGUCACUCGAUUCGACCACUUUGCUCAAGAACAUCUUACAUCCAAGAACCUGGAGUUCUCCUUUGUGACACUCGAUGCCUGGGACUUGCGGGUUCAGUUGCCCCGAGAGGCUCGCGACAAGGCAGUCGUCCUACCCGCCUAUCUGCAACACUCCCGAACCUUCGAUCUGCGCUCAGAGUACGCCCGUUGGCAACAGCACCACCCCGAGUCCCUGCCGUUUGGCCCCAGCUCAUUAGCAAACAUUUGUGCUGCUCUGGAGGUGGAGCCUGUGCAAUCUUCGGCUCCAAUCAAGCACAACCUGCCUUUCCAUCUGCAGGCCCUGGCACCUGCCUCCCCCCGUCGGGCAAUGGAGGAAGCAGUCACUCUUGCCAGGGUUCUGCGAGGCCUCAUCCGGAAGUCACAGCCUGCGCAGGAACAUCCUGACGUCUUGACUCGCCCCAUGGACGCUCGAGCCGAUGUGAAUGCCUUUUUGAAAGAACGUAGCAAAGUCCUCCACAUGAACGGCCUGCCGCACGACACGACUCAGUCCGAACUCGAAAGCUGGUUUACUCAAUUCGGUGGACGACCCAUUGCAUUCUGGACUCUUCGUACUCCAGACCAGCAUAAGCCUACUGGUUCAGGAUUCGCGGUCUUUUCUUCUCACGAAGAGGCUGCCGAAAGUCUCUGCAUGAACGGACGCGCUCUCAACGAAAAGGCCAUCGAGGUCUCGCCUUCCUCAAGCCGAGUCCUCGAUCGUGCCGCAGAAAUACUGACACCUUUCCCGCCGAGUAAGAACAGGCCAAGACCAGGUGAUUGGAACUGUCCUUCUUGUGGCUUCUCCAACUUUCAACGCCGGACUGCAUGCUUCCGAUGCUCCUUCCCUGCAGCGGGUUCUGGUGGUGGUGACCCAUAUGGCGGCGGUUACAAUGCCUACGGUUAUGGACCACCCCAGAUGAUGGGACAUCAUCCUCACAUGGGCGGACACCAUGGCCACGGCAUGGGACAUCAUGGACGGGGUGGAGCUGGCCCUGUUCCUUUCCGUGCUGGCGAUUGGCGAUGUGGUGCAGAGGGAUGCCAGUACCACAACUUUGCCAAAAAUGUCAACUGCCUGCGUUGUGGUGCUCCACGCUCGGGUGCGGCUAUCGUCGUUGAUUCAUCGUUCCCAUCACCAAUGGGACCACCUUCUGAGUUUGGCAUGGGACCAGGUUCGAUGGCUAGCACUCCGGGUCCAGCUCCGUAUGGUGCUGGAGGAGCUGCAUUUGGCUCGGGUGCUGCCUUCGGUCAGCCACCACCAAAUCAGUACGGUUUGCCGUCUGGUAUGGGAGGUCCUGGUGCCGCCUUCCCUCAGAUGGGUGGUAUGACUCCUGGUUACGCAUCCAGCAACCUGUCUCAUUCCUCCUUCGGUCCUGCUGCUCAAGCCGCUUUCAGUGGCGCGGCCGACAACAUGGCCCCUGGCCCACAGAAUGGUUUUUACGGGAAUGAACAGAACGCCGAUCCAUUCGCAUUCCUCUCCGCUGGUCUCGGCAACCUUAGUGUGGGUGACGAGAACCAGAAUCCUCGUCGUAACGGUGGCCCUCAAAGCGCGAAAAGUCCGGCUUAAUUCAUCAAAAAGACCUGGAUUUGCAUUAUCCCAGUGUCGUUCCCCGGCGUAAACUUCUUGA